AUGAAACCAUCAUCAAGAAGAAAACAGCCAGCUCGUGUAAGCGUAUCUAUACCACGAGUCCCCUUCUUUUCUGCCGCCAUCGCGUAUGUCGUGGUCCUCUGCAUACCGGAGGCCGCCCCCUUUGUCGUUCCAAGGCCGGCUAUCCCGCCACUACUCGUUCCGCAAGUCACACCUGUUCGUGUCACGCGUGCCUCCGCUUCCACGCCUUUCUCCUCGAGCAUGCGGCGACAGGCGCACACGGUUUAUUCCCCGCCCGGCUGGGACCGGGAAAUGUAUCGGCCCCCUGACGACGUGCUCUUCGAAUGGCAAGAGCUGGUGUGCUGCCUCAAAUUCAUGGAGGAGAAGGAGGUUAACGCCGGAAUGCUGGCACCAGAGACCCGGGACAUGAUGAUUGAGUACGCCGACGCGCUUAUAGCGGGGGGCUCGCCUGUCCGGACUCUGGAGGGGUUGGCUGAGGCGAUGAUGGGGAGGUGGAAGCUGGCCUUCACCACCGAGGAGAGGUAUAAGAUCCUGCCUCCCGGCACCCGGGUGUACUACCACAUACACCGUGACGGCCGUCUGGAAAAUGUCAUGAAAUUCAAAGACAAGUACUGGGACAGCCUAAUCUCCUCGGCCACCUACAACCUGACGCCGCAGGGGCGCCUCCUCUUCGAGUUCUCCUCGAAUCGGGUCCACAUCAACAACCCCUUUCAGGCACGCGCGCAAUGGAAGAUUCCUUUGCCUCCUAACGUCGGGAACACGGGCUCGGCCUUUGCGGACGUGAGCUACAUGGACGGGGUCCUGUGGAUCGAGAAGAUCCGGGAUCCUGGAACGGAGCAGGUCUUCGUGACCAUCUACGAGUACCAGGGGCCGAUCGAAGGGGAGGAGCGGACGCCUUCGCCCUCCCUCUCCCUUUCCUCCCCGCCUUCCUCGUCCUCUGCGUCCUCCGCCGGCUCUCUAAUAGCCUUUCUGGAGGGUCUGGAGAAGGAAGAGCAGGAGGAGCUCGCCGAGGAGAGGCGGAACGAGGGGGAGAGGGAGGGGGAGACCUCUCCUCCUCCCGCUGACCCCUCGGCCUCUGGCGACCCUAGUGUGGCUCCCUCCUCCCCCCCUCCCUCCCCCUCCUCUUCUUCCUCCUCCCCUUCCUCCCGAGUGUCUGCUUGA